AUGAGGGGGGAUAACGAUGAGAAUGAGAAUGAGGAGGAGGAGGAGGAGGAGGAGGAGAAAGUAGCGUAUCCAGCCAACGCCGAGCUUGUGUGGCUUAUGAGGGCAAGCAUUCUUAUUUUCUUGCCUCAAGGAUACGUUCUCGAUGACAUACAAGGAAAAUGGUCCAAUAGGACAAUGAGCCUCGAGAACACUAUCUGUUCUUGUCUCGAGGACCCUCAAGGACAGAUAGAAUAUGCCUUUUAUUCUUAA